UACGCAGACUUUAUCGUUAAUGAAGUGGAUAUGGAUGGCAAUGUAGUUCGUUUGACAUCCUUGGACGUCUCUCCUGAGAUGGAUGUGAAGGAGGAAGAGAAAACGAAAAGUUCAGAUGAUGCACCUCAAAGCUACGCUUCUGCAAUUGAGUCGUUCAGAUCAAUUUCCAGUGUCGCUGAUGCAGAGCGUUUGGAAACUUUGAUUAAUCAAGUCACCUCAGGAACUGAUGAUGAGAUCUCACCAAUUGUUCUUGAUCCAAGUUCUGACAAGUCCAAGAGAACGGCUAUCCACAACUUUGUUAAAGAAAAUUUCAAGUUCCUAGUUACCGACACUGUAGAUGGUCCUGGUCCUACUUCAAAAUGCAUUCGCGUGCGAGGGAAUUCACGUGACCUUAACAGCAGAGGUAAAAGAUCGAAAAAGCGGAAGGAAAGAGGCGAUAAGCCUUUUGAUAGCAGAGGUUCAGAACAUUGGCCAGAGCAUGUUGGCAAGUUUCUCAAGUUCCAUCUUUACAAGGAGAACAAAGAUACACAAGAGGCCUUGGGAUUGAUCGGAAAGAUGCUAGGCGUUCAGCCAAAGUCCUUCGGCUUCUCUGGAACAAAAGAUAAGCGGUCAGUUUCAACUCAGCGUGUAACUGUGUUCAAACAGCAACCUAGCAAAUUGGCUGCGCUAAACAAGAGAUUAUUUGGGAUCAAAGUUGGUGACUUCUGCCAUGUUAAAGAGGGCCUUCUUCUUGGGCAGCUCAUGGGAAACAGAUUUACCAUCACCCUAAGAGGAGUGGUUGCGAAUUCUGAAGAAACUAUUAAAAAGUCUGCAGAAUCCUUGGGGAAAGAUGGCUUCAUCAACUACUUUGGCUUGCAGCGUUUUGGAAGUGGCUCAGUACCAACCCACCAUGUUGGAGCCGCACUAUUGAAAGGAGAGUGGAAAGAUGCCGUAGACAUGAUUCUUGAUCCAAGAGAAAGUGAUAUCCUAAACGAGGCCCGAGGAUAUUACAAAGAGACUGGCGACAUUGACGGGACUCUAAGGCAGCUACCGCGAUACCUCGUUGCUGAAAGAGCCAUUCUGCAGUGUCUGAAGAAAUGUCCUGGGAACUACCUGCAAGCUCUGAAAGGCAUACCCAGAACAUUGAGAAUGAUGUAUGUACAUAGUUACCAAAGCUACUUAUGGAACAAUGCGGCAAGUCUGCGCGUCCAAAAAUACGGGACCAACCAAGUUGUGGUGGGUGACUUGGUGAGUACAAAGGUAGAUGAUGCAAAAAGAAUUGUCAGCAGUUUGACCUCUGAGCACAAGGAAAACAACGAAGAGGCAUUGGAUUGUGACCAGCUAGAUGAUACUGCUGUUGUUGAUCUUCCAGGAGAAAGGAGUGACCUUGUUAAGGUUGUAGAUAUAGAGGAUAUGAAAGCUGGAACUUACUCGACUAGUGACAUCGUCCUUCCUCUACCUGGUUCAAGAGUCAUUUACCCGUCCAAUGACAUUGCUGAAAUUUUCCAUGAUUUGGCAAAGAAGGACGGUAUCAGCCUAACUGAGAGUAUUCACGGUGUAAAGGAGUUCUCAAUAACUAGCAUGACUGGUGGUUACAGACGUGUUUUCCAGAAACCAAUCGACUUUGAGUGGGAAUUACUGACUUACACUGACAGCAAUAAACCAUUGGCAGAGACGGAUCUGGACAGGAUUACCGCGGAAACGCCGAUGAGUAAGGUUGAAUCUGCCGAAUCGAUGAAAUCCGAUGGCAACCAAGAUUCUGAGCAGACGCAGUUGGCGCUCAAAAUGGCUCUCACUCUUCCAUCUUCUUGUUAUGCAACAAUGGCAGUCAGAGAGCUGUUAAAGACGUCAACUUCUGUUGCAUAUCACAAGACUCUAAACUAG